AAGCGCGGGCCGCGAGCGUGGGGCAUCUCGAGACAGGCAGGUUGCGGGCUGCGGAGCGUGGAGGAUUUGCGGCCUGCGUUCGGCCAGCUCCGGCGGCUCACAGGCCGAAGUAACGAGGCGCAGCCAGCCGAGCCUCCCCGCUCCCCCGACAGCGUGGGCCAUGGAGACUCAGGUGCUGACGCCGCACGUCUACUGGGCUCAGCGACACCGGGAGCUGUAUCUGCGCGUGGAGCUGAGUGACGUGCAGAACCCCGCCAUCAGCAUCACGGAAAAUGUGCUGCAUUUUAAAGCCCAGGGACAUGGUGCCAAAGGAGACAAUGUCUAUGAAUUUCACCUGGAGUUCUUAGACCUCGUGAAGCCGGAGCCGGUGUACAGGCUGACCCAGAGGCAGGUGAACAUCACAGUCCAGAAGAAGGUGAGUCAGUGGUGGGAGAGGCUCACCAAGCAGGAGAAGCGCCCACUGUUUUUGGCCCCUGACUUUGAUCGCUGGCUGGAUGAAUCUGAUGCAGAAAUGGAGCUGAGAGCCAAGGAGGAAGAGCGCCUAAAUAAACUCAGACUAGAGAGCGAAGGCUCCCCUGAAACUCUUACAAGCUUGAAGAAAGGGUACCUGUUCAUGUACAACCUUGUGCAGCUUCUGGGCUUCUCCUGGAUCUUCGUCAACCUGACAGUGCGCUUCUUUAUUUUGGGGAAAGAGUCCUUCUACGACACGUUCCACACCGUGGCUGACAUGAUGUAUUUCUGCCAGAUGCUGGCGCUAGUGGAAACCCUCAAUGCCGCGAUUGGCGUCACCAGUUCCCCAGUGCUGCCUACGCUAAUCCAGUUUCUUGGAAGAAAUUUUAUUCUGUUUAUCAUCUUCGGCACCAUGGAAGAAAUGCAGAACAAAGCUGUGGUUUUCUUUGUGUUUUAUUCAUGGAGCACAAUUGAAAUUUUCAGGUACCCCUUCUACAUGCUUACCUGCAUCGACAUGGACUGGAAGGUGCUCACGUGGCUCCGUUACACCAUGUGGAUUCCCUUAUACCCUAUGGGAUGCUUGUCAGAAGCUGUGGCAGUGAUCCAGUCCAUUCCAGUAUUCAACGAGUCAGGAAGGUUCAGUUUUACCUUGCCAUAUCCAGUGAAGAUGAAAGUCAGAUUUUCCUUCUUCCUGCAGGUUUAUCUUGUAAUGUUAUUCUUAGGGUUAUAUAUUAAUUUUCGUCACCUUUAUAAACAGCGCAGGCGGCGGUAUGGACAAAAAAAGAAAAAGCUCCACUAAAGAGAAAUUUGGUAGCUUUGUGCCGGUUUGAGCGGAUUCUGAUUCUUACGGUUUUACCUUCUUGUACUGAUGUAAAAGUUAUUUUUUUUUCUUAAAGUAAGAAUAUCUCCUUUCCCCAGUAACAUUCCCUAAUUUACUGUAUUUUCUCUUAGUGUUGUAUUGCAUGACAUGGAUUUCUGAUAUCUGACAACAGGUUCGUUCUUACAUAUUAAUGACAGCCAGACUGGCCCUGCACCUUCUUAUGUCAGUCUGCUCUUCCCCACAGGUACUGUCUGUCUUUACAGUUAGGACUUGGUAUUUCUGCUAUUGCUUGUGAGAAACAAAAAACACAAGACUACAUUUCUCCAUUGAAGAUUGUCAAAAGUGACCCAGGCAGGACCUACUAUAUAUUAUACUCAAGACUUGUGUAGGGGGUAGAACUGACUUUUUGAAAAUCAGGUAAAGUCGGUCAUUGAUUGAACAUUUUUGAGUCAGAGUAGGGCUGGAGAACACUUUGUAUUUGAUGUUUUUUGGCUUAAAGACAUUCAUUCUACAGCACUCAUCAGCAUGGGCAUCGAAGAGGCAGAGUGAUUUAAAGAAAGCAAUCAGAACCUGGGAACACCACGAAUACUUCAUUCCUAACUAAUCAGAACUGUCUGCAACACUGGAGAAAGAGGGAGCAUUACUUGCAAAACACUUGAUACUAUAAGUUCCAAAUGUGAAUGAAUGGCUGCAGGGGUCAGAAGGGACAUAGAUUGGGAGCUAGACAGCAAUCCGCUGUUACAGAGGAGCCUGUGGCAAACGCAAACACUGAAGUAGGCCAGACACACCCACGAGCUGUCUUGGGCUGUGCACACAGUCAGUCAACAGCUCUGGACUAGCUCAGUCCAUUUACUUGUGUAUUUCUCUGAGUGAUCAGUGAGACUAUUCUUUUGAACUUCAAACUCCUGGUUUUUUUGUUUGUUUGUUUGUUUUUAACUUGUGUGCAGUAGGAACUUGAGCUGGGAAAUAACCAGGAUUCCUGCAGGAAACCCCCCAAAAGGGGGCCUGAACAAAAUCUAGACCUUAGGGUUGGUCAUUGUACAAGACAUCUACAGUCUCCCUACCACAUUCCAUGGAAACGGAGUGCUGAGGUAACACCAGAAGCAGGAGCUGAAGGGUGGAACAUCACAUCUGCCACUCCCACUGCUCCCUGGGAAAGGAGACUUGUGUUGUCUCAGUGAGCCCAAAUUGGAUUAGCGUUACACUGUCUGGGUUGACACACCUCAUCUCACAGAAGAACAUUUCCAAGUCUGCAGCUUCUGUCCACGUUUGCUGGUAUUGCCUUCCGGCGUUCCUUCCACUGACUGUGGCACCGACCAGGCAGGUCAGCUUUGCAGUCAACUGUGCCACAGCCUUGUGCAAUCCCACGUUCUAGUUGCUGUUAGCAUCCCCUUUGUUGCUGUCUGAUAAAGUGAAAGAUUGUGUAUUUCUAUUAAAACAUUUACAGUCAAAAUCCUAAUAA